AUGGAGGACUUCAUCCAGACGAUCCACAAGACCACUUACCGCGGGAUUGACGCUGCUGCCCCACCUCGCACCCAACGAGGGAAGACAGUGCUAAUAACUGGCGGUGUGAGGGGCAUUGGAUUUGCCAUCGCCCGGGCCUUUGCUGUCGCCAAUGCUAGCACUAUCAUUCUCCUAAGUCGGGGUGGUGAUAAACUCUCCGCGGCAGAGGCCAGACUGAAGGGGAGAGUGGAUGUGCUCAUCCUCAAUGCAGCAUACAUGGGCGAAAACCAAGCUGUCCUUCAACACAGCUGGCGUCGAGUGUGGGAACAGUAUGAGGUCAAUGUUCGGGGGAACUUAGUCCUUGUUGACCUUUUUGUACGACAGGGUAAUACCCACGAUGGACAAAAGAAGUUCCUCGUCAACCUUUCAUCCGACGCUAUCAACAACUAUGCUGUGAUGGGGGGCCAGCGCGUGUAUGCGGCAACAAAGGCGUCGUGGACAUGCCUGCUGCAACAUCUGGCAAGUGAAUUCCCAGUCGAUGAGGUCCAAAUCAUCAAUGUCCAUCCAGGUGGAGUCUACACUGAAACUAUCAGCCAGAUGAUGACGAAGGAAGUUUAUGACUGGGACGAUGGUAAAAACUUCACCUCUUUUAAAGAAGUAUUCUUAUGCCAAUCAAAAUUUUUAGAUACACUCCCUGGAAACUUUGCUGUCUGGGCAGCAACGGAUGAGGCAAGCUUCCUUCAUGGUCGGUACUGCUGGGCAGGAUGGGAUGUACAAGAGCUCAAAGAGGCCCUGAGUAAGGAACGUCGAUCAGAGUCUCAGGACUUCUUGAAAGUGGGUGUGAUCGGCAUGAGAAUAGAGUAA